UUUCGAACGUGUGAUUUUAUAAAUUUCUCUAUCAAAGUGCAGAAACCUUAAUUACCAAAGCCAAAAAAAAAAUCUAUUUUUUCCUGAAAGUUCAGUCUAAAGUAAUAGUUGAUUACGAUGGAUAUAAAAGAGUGUACGUAUGGUUCAAAAUGUUAUCGGCGAAAUAAACAACAUUUCCUUGGGUUUUCUCACCCUUAUAUUGAAAAUGUAGCUUCAAGAAUCAACAAUGGAGAAAUUGAAGCUGUAAUGUCACUUGGAUUGACAUCAGAUCUUGUUGAACAAGCACAAGUUGUAGCUGAGCUUAUGGAAAGUGGGGAAUUGAUCCCUAAAGGACAACAAAUACCUGAAACCUCUGUUAACAAUAAAAUGAGAGGAGUCAAACGUAAUGCUUCUGAAAUGAUGCAAACGAAAGCUAGCCAAGAUGCAGAAGUUACUCACUUAGAACAUAAAGAAAAACAGCUAAAAUUAACACCAUCUGUAGAUAAGAAUACCUCUGCCACCAUUGAAAGCUUGAAAGCACAGACAAGUGCUGGGAGAGAACUCAACCCUCAACAAAAGGUUGAAGCUUCUGCUCCCAUUCAUUAUUUUCUGAGUGCAGUGGCAAAUGAACCAGAAACCUGGGACCAGCCCCUCACCCUUAGAUUUACAGACUUGUUCCAUCCAUCACUAGGAGUGUUGCAGCAGUCAAUGCAAAUGAAUUUCAUGGUAGAACUUGGUUGGCUACUUGCUCAAUAUUGUCAACACAAAGUCCAGAGAAAGCCGCUGUUGGUGAUAUAUGGAGCAGAAUCCGAAGAACUGUCAGAAGCUAAAAGUCGCGUACCAACCAUCAACACCAUACGCGUGAAACCUAAAUAUCCAUUUGGUAGCCACCAUACAAAAAUGUCCGCGUUGUCCUACGAAGACGGAUCUUUGCGAAUUGUUGUUCAUACUGGUAACCUCAUCGAAUCCGAUUGGGAGGACAGAACGCAAGGAAUUUGGGUUAGUCCUUCCUGCCCACCAUUAUUAUCCAAAGCCGGUGAGAACACGGGAGAUGGAGAUUCUGUUACUGGUUUUAAACGCGACCUUCUUCGCUAUUUAGAAACCUAUUCGCUUGUCGCUUUAAAACCCUGGAUAGAAAAAAUUCAGCAGGCUGACAUGUCCCAUAUUAAUGUGUGCUUUAUUCCUUCUUCACCUGGAUCUCACCCAAUCCAUCCAGGAGCCAACGAAAGAGUGCCUAAGUGGGGUCAUCUUCACUUAUCCUGGCUAUUGCAGCAGCAUUCCUCGUCUGAACCAGAUGAUACAGUCAUCAUGCAAUGUUCUUCAAUUGGCUCACUUGGUCCUUCACCCAGCAGUUGGCUUGUUGGUGAGCUGGCCGUAUCAAUGGCUGCAUCCUCGGGUAUGGCCAAACUGGGCCAACAAACCGUUCAAGUGGUUUAUCCGUGUGCCCAAGACGUAAAAGCUAGCAUUCACGGGAUGGCUGGGGGAGGCUGUCUACCGUACACCCGUCAAGGCCAUAAUAAACAAACAUGGCUCACCGGAUUCCUCCACAAAUGGCGAAGCGAAAGCAGACUCCGAACAAGGGCAAUGCCACAUAUAAAGUCUUAUGCGCGAAUUAGCAGUGAUAUGGCAAGAGCUUCAUUUUUCUUACUCACCAGCGGCAAUCUUUCAAAAGCCGCAUGGGGAAUGCGGACCAACAAGGGCGCCACCAUAAUGAUUCAGUCAUUUGAAGCUGGUGUACUUUUCCUACCGAAAUUUGUCUUUGGAGGAAGUAGUUUUGAACUAGGUAAGCAAUUACCUCUUCCAUACGAUCUACCAUUGACGAAGUACGGUGACAGAGAUGAGCCAUGGUUCAUAGAUAAUAUGCGUUGAAUGUAUGAACAAUGAGAUAAAAAAAUAUAAUGGAGGAGCAGAUUUGAAACAUGGAAA